AUGGAUCUGGCAUCUGUCAAGGCAGUGUUCCUGGAUGUCGCGUGCAAGUUUGAGGGCUACUACAAGAGGAUCUAUGAGGAGCUGGACUUGCCUGCUGGUCUGCCCUUCGCCAUCGGACCAUGGCACAUCCGACCACACAAGCCUGAGUGCAAUGUCCGCUGCAACUCACGCUACAUGCCUGGACUGGGGCUCACAUUCGGGGACCUAAUCGAGCACCUUUGGGCAGACAAUCGGAGACACUGGUACAUCACGGCGUAUAUGUCCCCAGCUGCACGCCAGGACUUCAUCAACGGGCUGCCAGUCACAUUAUUUCGCAAGGGCGCCAAUAAAAAUAAAAUACACUGCACCCAGCCGCCAACACCGCCACGUCAGCCAACGGAUCCAGCCCGGGCCGCAGCAGCAGAAGGCGACGCAUGCCUGGGCCUUCGGCACUUUAAGGCUGCGGCCAGUGGCUCCCUCGACCUGCAACCCCUCGCGGCUGGUGAUUUGUUUAUCUCGGAGAAGUUGGUGAUGGAGCGCCUGAAGGAGCGUGGAAAGAUGGCGGACCCAGAUGCUGUUUCUUGCUCUAAGUUCAAAGCUGCAAAGGUCUUCGGGCGGCGUGCUGCAAACUAUGAUCGCCUUGGUGUCGCAGCAUUUGCUUGUAGGCAUGGCUUCGUCCCGGCCAUGGUGAGCCUGCAUACAGAGGAGGACUUUGUGUACUACGAGGUGCUGCUGGAAGCUCUGAAGCAGAGGAUGGAUCUGGCAUCUGUCAAGGCAGUGUUCCUGGAUGUCGCGUGCAAGUUUGAGGGCUACUACAAGAGGAUCUAUGAGGAGCUGGACUUGCCUGCUGGUCUGCCCUUCGCCAUCGGACCAUGGCACAUCCGACCACACAAGCCUGAGUGCAAUGUCCGCUGCAACUCACGCUACAUGCCUGGACUGGGGCUCACAUUCGGGGACCUAAUCGAGCACCUUUGGGCAGACAAUCGGAGACACUGGUACAUCACGGCGUAUAUGUCCCCAGCUGCACGCCAGGACUUCAUCAACGGGCUGCCAGUCACAUUAUUUCGCAAGGGCGCCAAUAAAAAUAAAAUACACUGCACCCAGCCGCCAACACCGCCACGUCAGCCAACGGAUCCAGGCCGGGCCGCAGCAGCAGAAGGUCGGCUCAGUUUCUGA